AAUGUACGAGACGGCGAGUACGAGCUGUACCAUCAUGUGCGGGAGCAGGCAAACCUGAAUGUUGAGUUGACUGAGGAGUCACCUCAUCAUGUUGUUCCGCUCCCCUCCCUUUGCCCCCCGCGGCUCUAUCAACAGUGGUACAAUGUACGAGACGGCGAGUACGAGCUGUACCAUCAUGUGCGGGAGCAGGCAAACCUGAAUGUUGAGUUGACUGAGGAGUCACCUCAUCCUGUUGUUCCGCUCCCCUCCCUUUGCCCCCCGCGGCUCUAUCAACAGUGGUACAAUGUACGAGACGGCGAGUACGAGCUGUACCAUCAUGUGCGGGAGCAGGCAAACCUGAAUGUUGAGUUGACUGAGGAGUCACCUCAUCCUGUUGUUCCGCUCCCCUCCCUUUGCCCCCCGCGGCUCUAUCAACAGUGGUACAAUGUACGAGACGGCGAGUACGAGCUGUACCAUCACGUGCGGGAGCAGGCAAACCUGAAUGUUGAGUUGACUGAGGAGUCACCUCAUCCUGUUGUUCCGCUCCCCUCCCUUUGCCCCCCGCGGCUCUAUCAACAGUGGUACAAUGUACGAGACGGCGAGUACGAGCUGUACCAUCACGUGUGGGAGCAGGCAAACCUAAACAUCGUCGCUCGUGAACCAGAGUGGAGGGGGAAGGUGAUAGUCGUGCCACAUGCCGAGCUUACGGGCCCGCAAGGGGCGUUUGUUCGGCAUGUGUGGGGUGGUUUGCUUGAGGGAGAACACGACCGGGUGGUGGUUGAGGCGCUGGAGGAGGCACUGGGGUUUCUGCAGAGUGGAGGGGGAAGGUGA